CGUGAUGGGAUGAUCGGCCUGCAAGAAUGCAACGGUGGUCCGUCCCUGUCGUGUGGGGCGCCGCCCAUCAGCGCGUCCAGUGCCCCGCCCACUCAGCCGUCUACGCCCUCCCGAGCGCGCGAUCGCGCCGCCCUAGCGGUCGAUUACUACAACACGCGCGUGUCGCGCGCAUGGGCGGCGAGGGACUCGGCCAGGUCGUCGUUCAACGAUAGGCAUCGACACCAUCACCAUUUGGUGAGGACGGGGCAGGUCGGAGGACAGGGACGGCAGUUGGCGCCACAGGAUUAUCUGUGUAGGAGUAAUUCGAGUUUGGAGCUGUUGGAUCACCAUUCGAGCGGUCGCACAACGUCCUCGGACUCGCCCACCCUCCGUCGCGAGUACGGCAGCCACGGCAGCAUCGACGUGAUCGACCGACCCACAGUGGGCGGGGCGAGCGGCACCUGCAACGCCAGCAACGAGUUCUUCAAAAUGCUGCAAGACUAUAGGCCGGCCGGGCUGGUGGGCGGAGACCAGCGGUCGCCGGGGCCGGCCGAGUACCUCCGAGUGGCUGCCGGGAGCGGGGAGGAUGCGCACGACGGUGGGGAGAGGGCGGCCCAUAGCCCGAAGCUGAGGGAUAAGUUGAAGAGACACUUCUGGGCGAACGCAAACGGCUCUGUGCCGAACGGCGCCACCCCCACAAGCAACGGUACCACUAACGGCACUUCAAAGAACCAAAGACAACAUCCAUCGGCGCAUCAGCACCAAUCAGGAGCGACCACGUUGGAUGACAGCUGCACGGGAACUGUCAAUACGUUGGCAGCCGCCGAAGCUGAGGAGAUAGCUAGGCGGAGAGCGUUCGCGCAUUAUGACUGUCAGUCGCUUACGACCAACCUCAAUUUUGCGGUUAGGUUGAGGAGGAAUCUGUUGGCGAAAAGGAGAAACACCGCUACGGGUGCUUCGGCAGCCUCGAUGCUAAUCCGUUCUUCAACACCAGAGGGAGCCACUAGCAAUGGCGGCCUGCCUUCCGGCGAGGACGACGACCCUGGCGAUGGAAGACAAAACGAGCUGGUGGCUUCCUGUCCCUUCUUUAGAAACGAAAUCGGGGGCGAGGAAGAAAGGGCGGUCAGCCUGAGUAGGUUGCAACCUACGGGGGCGGCUAGAGGUGCUUCAGCGCCCCUUCACAGGCCGCCAUUGGCGUACGGAGUGGCUGUGCUUGAAUUCCCCCCAGGCGAAACCCACUGGCGGCAUUCGACUUGUCCAUAUCAGCGGUUUCCGAGGCCUAUUGAAAACGUGGACAGAGGGGCGUUGUACUACAGGAAGUACUUCAUGGGACAAGACCACCAGAACUGGUUCGGAAUGGACGAGCAACUGGGGCCUGUCGUCAUCUCGAUACGAAGGGAAAAAGUCGUUCAUCCCGAAAACCAAAUGACAACUACUCUUAUGCAGUAUCAAUACAGGCUAGUGAUUCGGACAUCUGAACUGCAAACUUUGCGCGGCGCCGUCCUCGAAGACGCCAUUCCCAACAUCAAACCGUCCACGAACCCCAAGAGCAUGCACUCCAAGGAGGUGCUGGAGUACGUCGCCCCAGAAGUGCAGCAGAGCUGUCUUCGAUUGGGAGUGCACAACCAGCAGACCACAGAUCUGAUACUUAAGCUGGAUGAGCAAGGAUUGACGAACCAUUAUAAGGUGGGCAUUAUGUACUGUAAAGCUGGUCAAAACACGGAAGAAGAAAUGUACAAUAACGAAGAGGCUGGUCCGGCGUUCACAGAAUUUUUGGAAACGAUAGGCAAAAAAGUUCGACUACACGGUUUCGAUAAGUACAGAGCUGGAUUGGAUAACAAAACCGAUUCUACUGGUCUGUAUUCCGUCUACGCACAAUACCAGGACUGCGAGAUAAUGUUCCACGUCUCGACGAUGCUCCCGUUCACGCCCAACAACAGGCAGCAGCUGCUCAGGAAGCGGCAUAUCGGCAACGAUAUCGUCACGAUUGUCUUCCAGGAACCGGGAGCGUUGCCUUUCACACCCAAGGGAAUCAGGUCGCAGUUCCAGCACGUUUUCAUUGUAGUAAACGCAAUCAAUCCCUGUACGGAGAAUACGCAUUAUAAGGUGGCGGUCAGCAGAUCGAAAGACGUCGAAGUUUUCGGCCCGCCGAUAAAAGAUGGUGCAAUUUUCCCUAAAGGGAAAGUUUUCGCUGAAUUUCUCCUUGCCAAAGUAGUGAAUGCCGAAAAUGCGGCGCAUCGAUCCGAAAAGUUCGUCACCAUGGCGACGAGGACGCGGCAGGAGUACCUCAAGGAUCUGGUGAUGAACUAUUCCACAUCUACGCCUUUGGAUACGGGACAGAAGUUUUCGAUAUUCGGCAGUAAGAAGAAGGACAAACCGCGACCCCGUUUCAUCCCUGAUCUGUGUCAGAGAGGCGCCAUCUUGUGGCAAGUUUUACUCGACGACAGCGGACAAGGCAGACAGGUGGAAUGUUUCCUGGGCAUAUCCUCGGACACGUUCGUCCUGAUCGAAGAGCAAUCCCGCCAAAUCGUGUUCGUAACACCCUGUAAGUCGAUCCUGGGCUGGUCACCUCAGACCAACAGCCUCAGGGUGUAUCACCAUCAAGGGGAGUGCAUGACCAUCCACAUGCGGGACUGGCACGUUGACAGGGACGAACUCAUGGAGAUCAUGGAUCGAUUGAAGGCCGUAACUGGUGGACAUGUCGCACAGGAGUUUACCAUUAGUCGUAACAUAAUGGGUCAACUGGGCUUCCACGUCCAACCAGACGGCAUCGUAACUCUAGUCGAAAGCGCUGGUCAAGCCUGGCAAGCUGGUCUAAGGCAGAACUCUCGUCUAGUAGAGAUCUGCAAAGUGGCCGUUGCGACUCUCACCUAUGACCAAAUGGUGGAUUUGCUGAAGACGUCGAUCACCGUGACUCUAACCGUGAUUCCGCCCUUGCCUGAUGGUUCUCCUAGAAAGGGAUGCACUCUUCAGAACUGCAAGUACAACGAGCCCCACUAUGAGGGGGACUAUGAAAACACGAAUAGCGAAGAAGCCAAAGGUCGAAGACAGCCUCAAGGUCAACCAGCGGUCUCAGGGAACCACCGAAAAUUCUACGAACGAAGUUUUUCGCCACCAAGAAGCAGCAAUAGCUCAGGAUAUGGUACGGGAAGUAGCAGCAAAUCUUUUCGAGGUCAAGAAGCUCAGCUCCAAACAAAUGCAGAGGGUACCUUGACGAGCUCAUCUAGCGGUCAUUCGGGAGACGACAAAUGGUACGAUCGUCUGCAAGAGCUAGAUCCACCUCCAGUACCUGUCAAGAACCAGCAUGCAUCUAGGAAUCUACAUGCGAACAAUACUUUUCCGUCCACGCCAAAGCGUAACAAUUCUUAUCACGUCUCGCAGAUACAGGCAAAUCACAGUCACUAUGGUGUUGGUCAUGGCAAGAUCCACGUAAGCAACUCGCUGCCUCUACAACACGUCAAUGUAUCGCAACCUCUAGUCGCCGCUAUACACAACAAUAUGAAUGAUCUGGAUUUAGGCUACAAAUUAGAAAAAAAUAAUAUUUUAAAACAACACAAUGAAAGACUUCGGCAAGACGCCGAAUACACCUCCCCAACCCGCUCCUACAACACCAUCACCACCGACUUGUCCCGUUUCACGUUGAACGACGGCCUCUCCAGCGACAGUUCCUUGGGCGACCGGCUCAAUCUAGUAGGCGUCGGCAGCGAGGACGAGCCAAUCAGUGCAGGGGGCGUGGCAAACGGGGGCGGACCUGCAUCGCCGAGAGCGGCACGCAGGCCGGCGAAACAGUUGAAUGCUUCGCCGCAGGCGCCCGCCUACUAUGCCAGGAAUCAGGGGAGUCCGAGGUCGAUGAAUGGUGGAACGGUGAUGGGGGAGGCGAAGUUGAGGCCCGGCGUGACUGCGCGGUCGUCCAAUAGGAACAGCGCGAAUUUGUCGACGAAUUUUCAGGAGGAGUUAAUGAGGUUAAUCAACCCGGAUAAUAUAGAACCAGAACAACAGAGGUGCGUGAAAGAAAUAAAAACUCAUUCCAGGGAAAACCUAAACAACGCAUUAAGCUUACACAAAACGCAAUCGGACAUGUUGUUAGGUGUAUCAAGGUCUACCAGCAAUUCGGCGAGUCCCCUGCAUAAUGAUUUCAAGCGAUCUCAGGAUGAUGUGACGUCGCAUAUGUCACCAAAUAAGGUUAAGUUGGGAAUAACUUUCCCAGAAGACUUCCCUCUACCAGAGGACAGUGACUGGCCAAGUCUUGUUGAUACGGCUACAAGUUUCAUGAAUCAAGUGGAAUCAACUGUGGAGCGCACUGCUGAAAACGAUACCAGGCGGUGGAAUGAAGAACCACCUAUUGACGCGUCUAUUACAUCCUCAGUUGGAUCGAGCACAAGUGUGCCCGAGCUGCAAAACCACGUGGCAGAGUUGGAGUCCAAAGUAGAUCGAGAGACCAGACGGCGUUUGUCUCUGGAAAACGAAGUACGACGAUUGACUGAAGAAAACAGAAAACUUCAAGAUCAAGCACAUGCUGCAGCCACCCAACUCAGGAAGUUUACCGAGUGGUUCUUCAGAAACGUCAAAAGGCAGUGAGAACGAAAAUUGUUACAUGAAUUUGAGAGGUUUCUAUACAAAAUGAAAUUUCCUUGAAUUAUUCUUUGAGUAUCUCCCUUCAUUGUUUUAAUAUAAUGUUGCAGAGAAUACAAAUUGGCUAUCUGCAUUGUUUAUUUCCUCGAGGAAUUUUCCUUGUUCAAAAGAUGUAUCGAAAUAUCUUUUCAAGAUUUUGAAUCAAAUAUUUAUUACAUCCCCAAAAUGGCAUCAUUUUGUUGAACAAGUAAAAAAUACAUUUUUUGAUUCAUAAAAAUAUUUAGAAAUGAAAUCUGUGUAAUGUGGCACCUACAUAAGAAAUAUCACAAAAUCAUGAAUAACUUACAUUACAAAUGUAUUUAUCAUUCUCAAUACUGAGUCAUUUAUAAACUUAUGUUGAAGUCCGCGUUAUUGUCUGUUUUCCACACAGUUCUUCCUUAAAAACUACUUUAAAAUAAUAUGCGUGCUUCCAAAGUGUAUGUGUAUACAUCAUGUAUAUAAAGGGUUUUCCAUUAAGGUAUUGACAAUUUUAUUUUUAAAUAAAACGCAAACUAUUAGAGUUAUCUCGAAGAUUUUAUUAUUGCAUUGAAGUAUACUCAAAACAUUUAUGUAUUGGAUUCGACCUCGUUCAUAUGUCCACCACGGACACGUUCGCAGCGAUCGAUUGUAGAACCACAAUAAAAAGUCUAGAGGUGUUAAAUCACACGAUCUAGGCGGCCAUUCGACAGGGCCAUUUCUCGAUAUAACACGUUCAGCGAAUUUUGAUUUCAAUAUGUGGCUUGUUUCAGCCCCAAACCAUGUCACUCAUUUGAGGAGCAGACUUGCAAAUUGCAUUUUGUCCAUUUUUACCAAUUUUCAGGAGAAGCAAAAAACCAGUACAGAAAAGCUAACCAUGACAGAAAAUUUUGUUCUGGAUAAUAUAAUGCUAUCAGGUGUAUCGACCUCAAUCACAAGUUUUGGUACAAGAAAGUCGAAAAACAAGUUGAAAAAAUUGAAAAAAUUGUUGGACAGAAUGCAGUUUGAUUGUCUCUAGUGGACAAAAUGCAAUUUAAAUGUCAUUGUCAAGUUAACAAUAAUAAAAAAUUUGGUUUUAUUUAAAAAAAGGUGUAUAUUGAAACAACAAAACAAAAUUUGUAAGUAUUACAAUAAUAUUAGGAGUAAACAAUUUUAUUUUUAAAGGAAUUCAUUAUCAUCAUUCUCAGCGCAUCCACAAGCUUCUUCGUCAUUUUCGUGCUCUUCAUCGUCAUCAUUACAGUUUGCCACAGUUUUCUCAAAUAUUUCAGCCAUCCAUUUCAGCUGCGGGUCUGUUUCAUACCAUUUGUCACCAGACAAUGAAACAAGUAGGUUUUUUAGACUAUCAAGCUUUUUCUGCUUUACUUCAUGUCCAAGUCGUACUUUAGGAAGUUCAAUUUGAUCCAACCGCUUUUUAGGUUUCAACAAAGUUUGGAAUUUUUUCGCUGGAUCAUCCGUUCGAUACAGCAAUUCAGAUUUCACCACAACGCCUGAGGGCUUUCCCCGUUUGAUGAUUAUUCUUUUACUUGAACUAAUUCCUAGGACUUUUUUCAAACAGAUGGAAGCUUCUUUUAUAUUCACCAAUGACCAAUCAGUUCCAAGUUUUCUGAUUUCACCUACUUGUUUGUAGAGUUCCCAAUAUUUUUCAGGUGUUUUUAUGACCGCGUGUCGUCUUAAAAUCUUUUCCACCCUCCCAAAAAUUCUAUCUGCCGGAAGAUAAGAGUGUCCUCGCACUGGGAAGAUAACUUCUAUUUUUUUAAUUGUUUCUGGAGCAAAGCGGUGUAACCAUAACAUUAGCAUGUGGAUGGUAAAGCUAUUUUUAUUUUGCCCCCCGCAUCCAUCGGAGAAGAGCCGAAGAGUGUCUAUAUUCGGGGAAAAAUUGGUCUUUUUCAAAAAAUCAAGCAGGGCGGAAGAUAUUUCUGUCGCUCCCCUGCCAGCUUGGUGUUCCAUCCAUGAAUAAAAAACAGGGUUUUUACAGUUUGUGGCUGUAACGCAAAAAAAAGUAAAAUGACAGCUGCUGUGCAUAAAAAGCAUCUUGUAUGGGAACUUUUGGGAGAACCUGCACUUGUUGCAAGUCAAAACAAAAAGACACUGAGUUAGGAGAUGCUUCUUUCAUCAUUUUAUGGAACUGAGAUGCUCUAACCUUGUGAACUUUUAACUGGGUCUCAAGUUGGCCUUUAUCGAUAAUAUUCCUCGCAUUACCGAUUUGCGUUGCUGUUUUAACACAAAAAUUACAUACAUCUGUAGCCGGGCUACCAAAGCCUAUGUUGAAGUGAUUACUGAAGACCCUGCUAAAGUAUUUAUAAUUUACUUUUUUUUCAUUAGUCACUUUUUCAUUAUAGAAGUUGCAAAGUUUAGCAAUGGUGUAUUCGGCAGACAAGUAGAUUCUUCUUGAUUUAGAACGGCUGUAGUGACUUUCUUUCCCUUUCAGGUUGCUUAUAAACUUUUUCACCUCAUUUAAUUUGUUGAUAAAUUUGUGAGAUUUUCUAUCGCCUCCUCUUUUUUCAGUAAGACUUGAUCCCAUUUUUAUUUUCUGACAUAUUGUGUUUAUUCGCCUUUGAGACACGCUGAACAUAGCUCUAAAUAGUUUCUGGCAAAUUUGUUUUUUAUCACCUUCAAAAAAUAUCUGAAAAAAAACGAGAGUAAGUCACAGUUUAAAAUACAUUUCAGAUGGUUAUACUUACGAAAUAAUUUACGGAAAAAUUAUGGGACUUUCCAUUUUCUUUGCGACUUCGUUUUCGUUUUGGCUCCUUAAUCUCCAUGUAGCUUGCAAGCAAGUUGUCCUGCGUAAUUUUGUUAGGACUCUCGAAAAAGGUUUGGCGGAUUUUCAGCAUAGCUCCUUUCGAUAAUUCUUCGCAAUCAAGAUUAGAAUUUUUAUGAUUACAAACUACGUUGAAAUUGUCUAGAUUGAUGUCCAAAUUGGAAUACCUUAAAAGUGAAACGGAAAAUAAUAAAAUAUUUUAGGCUUAUAACCUAACAAAUACCUUAUUUGUUUUUUUCUCUCACGGCUUGUUGUAUUCCUUUUUCUUUUCCUACUACCCCUAUCCACACUAUCACCAACAAUAUGCUCCCCUUCUAACUGUUCCAUUUUGAUCCAAAAGCAACACUACUUCAAUGUUUUAACAAUUAAAACUUGAAAAAGUCUCCAAGGUAACACCGAACUAUAACAACAGAUUCUGAUAAAAUAAACAAAAACCCCAUCAAAAUGCAUUUUGUCAACGUUUAUGGACAAAAUGCACUUUGAAAGUACCAUGUGAGUGGACUUAAAUCAGUUUGUUUGUCUAGGUAUAAUUUUCCCCUCAAUAACACGGGGACUAAAUACAUUUUGACUGUUCAAAUGUUUAAAAAAAGAUAGUAUUUCAUCAUAGGAAUGCAGCGCCACCUGUAUCUCAAAUAUGGAAAAUUUGGACAAAAUGCAUUUUGCAAGUCUGCUCCUCAUUUAGGCUUUAGUUCUUGAGUUAAGUUGAUCUUAAAAGGGUGCAGGCCAAGAUCUCUCCGCAAAAUUCGCCCAACCCGUUGUCUCAACAUCCAGCAGCGAAUAUCUGGACUCACAUUUUUUUACUAGACUAUGAAUUGUUUGUCUACUGGGACGAGAAUUGCGACCGAAAAUUGGCGUUAACGCUCUUAAGGUUGCAGUCACCGACUCGGAAUUUCGGUAUUAAUUUUCAAUUAUUUGUAAGCGUUGUUCGUUCGUGUUUUUCACCAUGAUGAAAAUGUUUGCUUUACUGAAUGUUUUGACACUGACAGUUCGGUAAUUGAUUUAAAGGUGCGUUCACAGUUGACUCAAGUCCCUAUUGGAAAACCCGAUACUAUCGAUAUGUCUAGUUAAUCACAUAAAUCCUUAUCAAGGUUUAUUGAAAGCUUUACAACAGUAAUAGGUUAUUUAGUGUAUAAAAUGAACGUAAGAUUUCUAUUUCUUUCUAUUUUGUUGUUGUAGAUAUGUAGUUUUCCCCCAAAGAGUUGACAGUAUUCUCAAAGCUCGGAAAUUCAGCAUUUAGGACUUUGGAAUCAGCAGUUUUUGACUUUUUUCUUCAAUGUAGCAUUCCAAAUUAUACAGGGUGUUGAUAAUAGAGUACUUGACUAAACUUCAGGGUGGCCCUUAAAACAGAAGUUUACACAGGGAGCUACAGAAUGUUUCCGGGAGAAUUGAAAUUUGAGAAAAAUGUAGUUCAAAAAACUAAAAAAGCACGCUUUAGUACCAAAUCGGACUAAAAAGUAGAAAAUAAUUUUCAAGUAUACCACGUUAUACUUUUGCCUAAAAGAUAGAUUUCCGACUUUUUUUUGAGUAUACUGUCAGUGUCUUGCAAAUAUUGUUUUAUUGAAGUACAAAAUUCAUUAAUUUAUUCACGUUUUGUUGCAUAAGGUAUUAUGAAACAAUCUCUUAGCAUGUUGUCAACUGUCAAUUAUAAACAGAGCUUAUGAUUAUGUGCUCCUAUUCCAACUUGGUGAGAAUUUUUGCUCAUUUUACGCCAUGUACUGCCAAAUUUUAUACAAAUUUUACAACGACACAUAGGAUUCACUUUUUUAAUCUUUGUUUUUGCAAGCUCUUUUAAGAGUUGAUGCAAAUGACACUUUUUUGAAUUCAAUUUAAAUGUCCAUUUCGGUGUAAAAAUGAUGUAUCAACAAUCUAAAAUGGUUAUGAAUAUUCAGAUAUCACUUAUAGUGCCUUUUUCGUUUUGCUAGAAUAAGUCACUUUUAUAGUCGAUUAUUACAAAUAGCUAUUGCAAUUUGGAGACUGUUUACAUGCCAAACGUAGGAGUUUUUACGUCACUCAAAACAAAGAGAUAUCUACAUCUUUCUCAGUUUAUUACAAAUAAAUGCUAGGAAUUGUUGACGGUCAUACGUUAAGUAUUGUUUUUAUCUUAGAACUAGUUACCAAUAUGAAAAGAGCAUUAUGCGAAACAUGAAACAUGCUUCUCAAUCUUACACACUUUGUAGGACAUUCUAAAAGUCAACGCAGUGUAUCAUAAUAUAAUUUAUUCAUCCAGUUUUUUAUUUUCAAUUUCAAGUCUACUGUUGGCACCAAUAAUGUUUGUGUUGAUAGUACGUUUAGAUUGUCCUAUUUUUUCAACUACAGAAUUAUUCAGCAACUUUCCUACUAGCCUAGGUAAUAUCUUCGUGUAAAAAAUAUGCUUAUUCUGAUUUUUUGCGUAAUCUUAUUUGAAAAGGUCACCUUUGUACGAAACUGUAUGCUGCCGGCUCCAAAAUUGCGUACAAAAUUGUUUAAACAUUAUUUGGAGCAAAAUAAAAAGAUGCUUUUUUCGCUUCCAGAUUUUUAGAUAUUCUCAACAAACAUGUGUGAAAUUUUCUUCAAAGUUAAUAGUUUUCGAGAUAUGAGCAAUUUAAUAUUUCAAAAAAUACAAAAUGUGUCAUUUUUGACCCCGAAAAAGAAUAUGAAAAGAUGGAAAAUUAAUGUUGCUGAUGUCCUAAGUAUUCUUCAAACAUCCAUUAAGAAGAUUCCAAAGCAUUUUAGGGGUAUUGUUUUUGAAAACAUUUGUUUUUUUUUUGUUUAUAUUAGUGACAAUAUCUCCUGAUUUGCUAAUAUAUAUAUACAUAAUAUAUAUGAAGAAUGUUUAGGUACUUUGGCAAAAUUAAAAUCUUUUUUACAAAAACAACACCCCUAAAAUGCUUUCCCUUAAUGGAUGUUUGAAAAACACUUGAGACAUCACCAACAUUAAUGUUCUGGUUUUUCAUAUUCUUUUUCGGGGUCUAAAAUGGCAUAUUAGGCAAUUUUUGAAAUAUUGAAUUGCUUAUAUCUCGAAAACUAUCAACAUUUAAGCAAAGAUCUAAAGUACUUCUUUUGUCCUGAAUAGCAUGAAAACACUUGAUUGAAAAAUAAAACAAUUUUUGGAAUUUUUCAAAAAAAAAUGUUCAAACGAUAUUUGGCGCAAUUUUGGUCCUGAAUUAAUAGAGGUCUUUUUGAAUAAGUUUAUGCAACAAAUUCGUAUCAGAAUAUUUUGCGAGCUUAUCACCUGGGCUAUACAGAGAGUCUUAUUUCUUUGCAACUUAGGCCAGUUGGCAGCUAAAAAUUUAUGGUAUUUAACCCCUUUGUAUAUGCAAAAUUUUACAUAAACCAGAAACCUAUUAUAAUCGCUAAUACUCUGCUGGCCAAAGCACUUAUAUAUUGCACGUCUUAUUACACUUGGGGGCGUAGUAAAAAGAUUACGGCAUUUGAAAGCCCCCAGACAUCAAUUUUUGUAUAUAUUGAACAUAGACACGGGAUGCUUUAAUGGGACCUUAUUUUUUAUUUAUUUCAUUUAUCAUUUCAAUUUUUUAUGUAUCCAGAGUCUCUGGUAUCCCCCUCAAUUUUUUUGUUUCAUUUUAUUGUACAACUACCAAAGAUGUUUAGUUGUUUAGUAAUAAAACUAACGCGUUAAAGUAUUCUGUGUGGACAUUUACACAUUGGUCACACCUUUUAAUAUAUUGUUUUUUUUUUCAUUUUUCUUUGUAACAGAAUAUUAUGUUAUGUUAGAUGUAGGAGUGAAUCACACCAAAUGUUUUAAUGUUACAAUUAUUUAGUUUUAGGUGUAUUUAAAACAUUUCUUUAGUUAUUACGAAUUGUAUUUUAGCAUUCCUCAGCGUCUCUGAUCAUUUUUUCUGUUAAUGUUAUUUUCUAUAUCUGUGACCUGUUAGAUGCCUUAGAGAAUGGUUCUAUUUUAACGACAUAUGAAAGUUACGCAAAUUUUUAUAAAAAUAUAUACUCA